GCAGCCCCGGCGGGCGGCGGCGGGCCCGGGCUGCGACCCGAGCGAGCCCCAUGCCCUGCGCGGGCUGACGGGCCGGAGCCCGCACGGAGCGGCCGGGCCGGACAGGUCCUGCUAGAGCGACAUGAUGGUGGAAUCCGCCUCAGAGACAAUCAGGUCGGCUCCGUCUGGUCAGAACGGCGUGGGCAGCCUCUCUGGGCAGGCCGAUGGCGGCGGGGCCGGGGCCGCAGGCACCGCUGCAGGCGGAGCGGGUAGGGACGCCGCUGCCGGCGCUGACAGCAAUGGCGAGAUGAGCCCUGCGGAGCUUCUGCACUUCCAGCAGCAACAGGCUCUUCAGGUGGCCCGGCAGUUCCUGCUGCAGCAGGCCUCUGGCCUGAGCUCCCCUGGGAACAAUGACAGCAAACAGUCUGCCUCUGCUGUGCAGGUGCCCGUGUCAGUGGCUAUGAUGUCGCCGCAGAUGCUCACCCCCCAGCAGAUGCAGCAGAUCCUGUCACCCCCACAGCUGCAGGCCUUGCUCCAGCAGCAGCAGGCCCUCAUGCUCCAGCAGCUGCAGGAAUAUUACAAGAAGCAGCAAGAGCAGCUGCACCUUCAGCUCCUCACCCAGCAGCAGGCUGGGAAGCAGCAGCCCAAAGAGGCCCUGGGGAACAAGCAGCUGGCCUUCCAGCAGCAGCUCCUGCAGAUGCAACAGUUGCAGCAGCAGCACCUGCUCAACCUGCAGAGGCAGGGACUGGUCAGCCUGCAGCCCAGCCAAGCCUCGGGGCCCCUCCAGACCCUCCCCCAAGCAGCGGUGUGCCCGUCGGACCUGCCCCAGCUGUGGAAGGGUGAGAGUGCCCCAGGGCAGCCUGCUGAGGACAGUGUCAAGCAGGAGGGGCUGGACCUCACUGGCACGGCUGCCACCGCUACCUCGUUCGCUGCCCCCCCCAAGGUCUCCCCCCCACUUUCUCACCACCCUCUGCCCAAUGGACAGCCCACUGUGCUCACAUCUCGGAGAGACAGCUCCUCCCAUGAGGAAACCCCCGGCUCCCACCCCCUCUACGGACACGGAGAGUGCAAGUGGCCAGGCUGUGAGACCCUGUGUGAAGACCUGGGCCAGUUUAUCAAACACCUCAACACAGAGCAUGCCCUGGAUGACCGGAGCACGGCCCAGUGCCGGGUGCAGAUGCAGGUGGUGCAGCAGCUGGAGAUCCAGCUCGCCAAGGAGAGCGAACGGCUGCAGGCCAUGAUGGCCCACCUGCACAUGCGGCCCUCCGAGCCCAAGCCUUUCAGCCAGCCACUGAACCCGGUCCCCGGCUCCUCCUCAUUCUCCAAGGUGACCGUCUCCGCAGACCCGUUCCCAGAUGGUCUCGUGCACCCCCCGACCUCGGCAGCCGCCCCUGUCACACCCUUGAGGCCCCCUGGACUGGGCUCUGCCUCUCUGCACAGCGGGGGUCCAGCCCGCAGGAGAAGCAGUGACAAAUUCUGCUCUCCCAUCUCCUCAGAGCUGGCCCAGAAUCACGAGUUCUACAAGAACGCCGACGUCAGGCCCCCCUUCACCUACGCUUCCCUCAUCCGCCAGGCCAUUCUGGAAACCCCUGACAGGCAGCUGACCCUGAACGAGAUCUACAACUGGUUCACCAGGAUGUUCGCCUAUUUCCGAAGGAACACUGCCACCUGGAAGAAUGCCGUGCGCCACAACCUCAGCCUGCACAAGUGCUUCGUCCGUGUGGAGAAUGUCAAGGGCGCUGUGUGGACCGUGGACGAGCGGGAGUAUCAGAAGCGGAGACCACCAAAGAUGACAGGGAGCCCCACCCUGGUGAAGAACAUGAUCUCCGGCCUCAGUUAUGGAGCACUUAAUGCCAGCUACCAGGCUGCCCUGGCCGAGAGCAGCUUCCCCCUCCUCAACAGCCCUGGAAUGCUGAACCCCGGCUCUGCCAGCAGCCUCCUGCCCCUCAGCCAUGAUGACGUGGGCGCCCCCGUGGAGCCGCUGCCCAGCAAUGGUAGCAGCAGCCCCCCUCGCCUCUCCCCACCCCAGUACAGCCACCAAGUGCAGGUGAAGGAGGAGCCAGCUGAGGCGGAGGAAGACAGGCGGCCUGGGCCCCCACUGGGUCCUCCCAACCCCAGCACUGUGGGGCCUCCGGAAGACAGGGACCUGGAGGAGGAGCUGCCCGGAGAGGAGCUGUCCUAAGGGCCUGGAGGGGCAGGCAGGGCAGCAGGAGAUUCCUCCGCCCAGUACCCCGGCCCACCUACCCCCACUCCACGCCCCUCCAACCUGAAGGCACUUCCAGGACUCAGAUAGGGAGGCCUGGGCCAGCACCUCCCACUGCGACCUGACUGACAAACGCUUGGGGGCAGGAACGGUCCCGCCCCCAAGGGGACACCGAACUGAACCCCUGGUCUGGGACCGGCAAAGGACACGGAGGGCCCAGACCCCUCUCAGACCCUCCCCUACAUCUGACACCACCUCCCCCAACCACCACCAGCAGCAGGGCCCUCCUCCCCCACCAGCUCCCCCUACAGGGCCCUCAGCGCCAUGGAGACCCGCAGGCGGGGCUAAGCCACCUCUCGGGCCCUGGCCCACACCUGGCUGAGGCCGAGGUUUCUGGCCAGAGGCCCCUCCCCACUUUGUGCUUCCUUCCACCUUCUUUUCUGUACUGUGAAGAAACAACUCUCCAGCUCCAGCUCCUAGCCCUGCCCUGGCCUGGUGGGGGAACAAAGUUUCCCACCAUCCCCAAGAAAUCAGCCCUUGGGCUGUUGUGGGGGACCAGUGUGUGCCCUGUGGGGGUCUGUGCCAGCCGGGCCACCCGGCUCCAGCCCUCCCCCAACCUGAGACCAGGUCCACGCUGACGGGCCUCCUGCCACACUUUGGCUGGGUGCCCCUCCAGUGCCCGGCACCAGGGAGCACGGAUGUGCCCAGUGCCACCACCCCUUGGGUGGACUCCUGCAGGUGGAGCCCAGAUUGCCCUGAGGCCCGGGCUGGGGCCAGAUAGUGCCCACUGCUGGGAAGCAUGGGGCGCACUGUGGGUGAGGCUGGCCCCAGCCUCCCCUUCACACCUGGGGUCCCGCUGCAGUCCUCACCCACCCUCAGCACCCCUUCCCCACCCCCCCAGUUAAACGGAUGACCAAAGACCUUUCUUAUGCCGGAAGCAAAAACCAAAACUUUUUGUUGGCUUUUUCCUUUGUGGCCUCCCCAGACACCCCACUCUCCCAGCUCCCACCC